AAGCAUCCGUCUCCAAUUUCUGUACUCUCACCCGUUACCCUAGCUUUUCAACCAUUUUCUCCCUCCACCAAAACCAUAUUCGGAGCUCUCCACUGCGAAUUUCGAAGGGUUUGUACUGCUUUUGCGUCGAGAAAACCACUUCAAUGUCGUCGUCCUCUUCAUCAAAAGUUGUCGUGGAGUACGCCAAGUCGAAUCGGUCUUCGUGCAAGAUAUGUUCCAAAACGAUCUCUGCAAAUGCUGUGAGGUUGGGGAUGGUGACCAGAGGCGCGCGAGGCUUCGAUAUGACCAAGUGGCAUCACGUGCAAUGCUUUUCGGCUGGUUCCGAGUCGAUUUCCUCCGCCGAGAUGAUACAAGGGUUUGCUUCUUUGAAGAGCAGUGACCAGGAAGCUCUUAAGAAAUUGGUUGAUGGGUUUGCAAAGUCUCUGGAUGAGGUCUUGGAUGAAGGUAAAGACUUAACUGAAGGAAACAAAGAAAUGAUUUGUCUGGAAUUGGGGGUGCAUAAAAGAGAUGAAGAUGAAAAAGAUAAGAGGGAAGAAAGGGAUUCAAAGAAAACAAAGAUAUCUGCACCUGCUCUGAAAGCUGAGCAGGAAAUAGCCUUUGCAGUUUCUGAUAUCAAGGACAAGUAUAAGGAUGCUACACUACUGCCAAAAUGGAAAGCAUUCCAGACAGUAAUUUUUCUUGAACGGGAUGACGAUCUUCACGAUUCAAAAAAAAUUGCUGCAUUCGAUUUUGAUGGAUGUCUUGCCAAAACAUCUGUGAAAAGAGUAGGUCCAGAUGCUUGGUCCCUUAUGUAUCCUUCAAUACCGGACAAGUUGCAGAGCUUGUAUAAUGAUGGCUACAAGCUGGUAAUCUUUACCAAUGAAUCCAACAUAGAGCGCUGGAAGAAUAAGAGACAGGUAGCAGUGGACUCAAAAAUUGGGCGCCUUAACAAUUUCAUCAAGUGUGUCAAGGUUCCAAUUCAGGUUUUUAUAUCCUGUGGGUUUGAUAAAUCUGAUGGUCAAGCAGAAGACCCCUUUCGCAAGCCCAAACCUGGGAUGUGGCGGAUUAUGGAGCAACACUUCAACUCUGGCAUUUCGAUUGAUAUGGAUCAAUCCUUUUAUGUUGGAGAUGCGGCUGGGAGACUAAAUGACCACAGUGAUGCUGAUAUUAAAUUUGCACAGGCAAUUGGACUAAAGUUUUAUGUUCCUGAGGAAUACUUUGAUGCGUAAGGAGUUUCUGGCUGUUGGUUCCUGAAGCCGAUGCUGACUAGCAGAGGGAUCUGAUUUAAAAUUUUUUGCCAGUUUAUUAAAAUUAUAUGCCAGUUUCCUUGAUGAUUGGUUUGGGUUCUCACCAGAAACUUUCUUGUUCUCUCAAUUGGACAAACUAACACAAAACUAGCAGAUUGUAGACAAGUUAAUGGUUUUAGGUUCCUAUGUAAAUCUAUGCCUGAAGGUUAGCCCUACUGAUUUUGUUUUCAAAUGUGCCUUGCCAGCCAGCAUAGGCAAGCCCUUGUGUUUUGGGAUCUUUGCCAAAACAAGCUUUGUUUCCUGCAUUUCCUCUCUUCAACCUGAGUCCAAUUUCACUGCUAACUAAACAGUGGCCACUGGCUGGUGGCUGGCCAGGCUGGCAUGGCUACCUAACUCUGACGAGCAAACUUCAGGUCUGGGCGCCUGAAAUUCAUAUCAACAUUGUGAGCAUGUAUUAUGGUUUCUUCUUUUCUUUCUUCCAGGUAAUUGUAUCACUUGUACACCUUAUAACUCCCUAGAACACGAUGUGUGUACAUUGCUAUGCCCUGGAUCGCAUGAAUAUUACUCUCUGGGCUGUAUAUGGCCAAAAUGUAAGCAGACUCAAUUGUGUUAUUACCCACUAAUGGGUUUGCAUUGGAUUCUGAGUAGGGGUGGGAAAGUUUAUGACUCGAUCAUUAAAUGGGUUAUAUUUGUCA